AUGACACCGCCCGAGCGCCCGCAGCUGUUCCUCGUGCAUUGGACCCGCACGCUGAGCGUCUCACUGCCGCCCAGCGCUGCGACAGUCGACGCGAUCGCGUCGUGUCUCCAGCAGCGCGCAGGCGUUCCGUCGUCGCUCGUCGACCUGUACGUGAACGGCCGCAAACUCGAAGCCACGAGUCCCGUCCCGGCGUUCCCGACGAUCCUGCGCGCCCGAUUGCGCGGCGGGUUACGCGGUGGGAAAGGCGGGUUUGGCGCCAUGCUGCGCAGUAUGGGCAAAGCCUCUGGGGCCAAAGCCACGACGGACUUUGGCGCGUGUCGGGACCUGCACGGCCGUCGCCUGCGGCACGUGAACCAGGAAGUCGCUAUGCGCAAGUGGCUCGACGAGACGGACGCGCGAAACGCGCGUGGGAAGCAGCAGAUGGACGAUCGAGAAGUGCUGGACGAGGAGACGCGGAGCGGGAUUCCUGGGUGGUACUUGGCCACGCCGUCGUGGGCCGAGGGCGUGAAGAAGUCGUACAUGAAGCGACGACGCAAUACAGUGCUGUGUAAAAGCUGGCUCAAGGCACGAGAAGGGGGGAAAGUAGCGCCCGUGGGUGCGCCACGCUGGUGGGGCUGUCCACGUGGACGCGACUGUGACUUUGCGCAUGGCCAAGACGAGCUGCGGGGCGAAGGACUGACUGAGCUGAAACGCGUGAAACAAGAAGAGGAAGAACGGUCCAAGCAGCUGGCAUUGCAGAGCUAUGUGGACUAUGAACAGGAGAUGCCGGAGGAUGUGCUGGACGCUAUCAAGACUGGACUUGGACGUCGAAAGACGAGGGGUCGAGUGGGGAAGCAGCAGAAGAGGCAGGACGCUCGCGUGCUGCCACCGCCAGAUGCUACCUCGUAUAUCAGCGUGCGCUCGGUGCAGCGUGCGUUGCCGGUUGUUGAAAACUGGCUGCAGCUUGUGAGCGACGACAGCAAAGAGGACGUGUGUGCUGGUGUGAAAACGACGUUCAAGCACGGUUUGUGCGAGCUGCGUGGCCGAGGCAACUUUGGCACGGCGUCGGCGCGGCAUUGUUGCGCCUUGACCCAGGGUAGAUGGUAUUAUGAGGUGCGUCUUGUCACAGCAGGUGUCGUGCAGAUUGGUUGGGCAGACUCAACAUUUGAGGUCAACUCGGAGACGGGGGAUGGUGUGGGUGACCACGAGCGGUCUUGGGCUUACGACGGGUUUCGACAAGUCAAGUGGAAUAAUGGCAAAGACGAGGAGUACGCGACGGACGAUCUAUGGAGUAAAAACGAUGUGAUUGGUUGCCUGCUGGACCUGGAUGAGGGCACGGUGUCAUUUACUCGCAACGGUGUCGAUCUCGGUGUAGCAUACCACAACGUCAAGCACUCUUCGAGUGAUCAGGGUUUCUUCCCGGCCAUCAGCGUUGAGCAAGCGGAGAUCCUGCUCGUCAACAUAGGUUCGCAACCGUUCCUGUACGAGGCUCCUGGGUUUGAGCCAGUCAUGAAUGCCUUGAAUGCAGACGCUACCGAAGACUCGCCCGGUGUCACGAGCAACAACGCUGCGUCAGCUACUAUUUCGGUUGAUGAUUGCGGAAGCGCUGGUCCUGUCGCAGAACAUGGCACGGAGGAACUUGGAACGAGCAAGGAGUAG